GGAAAGGAGUCACCGUCGCAAGUUCUAGUCUCCUGUUGGUGGGAUAGAUACAGAGAAGCUAGCGAACUUGUUUUGCUUGUUAGCCGUGUAUUUAUGUGAGGGUGUUUUGUUACUUAAUCCGGAUUCCUUCAAAAUGCCUAACAUAAAGAUAUUCAGCGGUAGCUCUCAUCCGGACCUUGGCCAAAAAAUUUCCGACCGCCUGGGACUUGAGCUGGGGAAGGUUGUGACCAAAAAAUUCAGCAACCAGGAGACAUGUGUGGAGAUCGGGGAGAGUGUCAGAGGAGAGGAUGUCUACAUUGUCCAGAGUGGUUGUGGUGAGAUUAAUGAUAACUUAAUGGAGCUCCUCAUCAUGAUCAAUGCCUGUAAGAUUGCCUCUGCCUCACGAGUCACGGCUGUCAUCCCCUGUUUCCCAUAUGCAAGACAAGACAAGAAGGACAAGGUGGGGAGUCGGGCUCCCAUCUCUGCAAAGCUGGUGGCCAACAUGUUGUCAGUGUCAGGAGCUGAUCACAUAAUCACGAUGGACCUGCAUGCCUCGCAGAUACAGGGGUUCUUUGAUAUCCCUGUGGACAAUCUAUAUGCGGAGCCAGCUGUGCUGAAAUGGAUCAAAGAGAACAUCAAUGAGUGGAAGAAUUGCACCAUUGUGUCUCCUGAUGCUGGAGGAGCCAAAAGGGUCACCUCUAUAGCAGACAGGCUGAAUGUGGACUUCGCCCUAAUCCACAAAGAGCGGAAGAAGGCUAACGAGGUGGACCGCAUGGUCCUGGUGGGGGACGUGAAAGACCGAGUGGCCAUCUUGGUUGAUGACAUGGCAGACACCUGCGGCACCAUCUGCCACGCUGCAGAUAAGCUAGUGUCUGCUGGAGCCACAAAGGUCUAUGCCAUCUUGACCCAUGGGAUCUUUUCAGGCCCUGCUAUCACCCGCAUCAACAACGCCUGUUUUGAGGCUGUGGUUGUCACAAAUACCAUCCCUCAGGAGGAUAAGAUGAAACACUGUUCAAAAAUACAGGUUAUUGACAUCUCCAUGAUUCUGGCUGAGGCUAUUCGCCGGACACACAACGGCGAGUCAGUGUCGUAUCUCUUCAGCCAUGUUCCCUUGUAACAUCCCAUGAACAACCCCACCCUGCUUUUACCGGAAACCUGUACCAAAGGACGGAUGUCUGGAGCACCACCAUCAUCUCAGCCCAUCCAUUUAUUCCCCAUCUCAGGAAGGAAGGAAAUAAUGUGGGGUCAAUUAAAAAAAGCUCCUUGCCAAUAUUCUGUUACAGUGCACUGGCUAUCAACUGGUUUGACCUUUUGACUUACCAAAUGAAGAUUUUAGUUAAUUGGUGUAUUAAUAUGCCAGGCUGUUUUCAUAUUGGCAUUGUCUGCCAUGUUUCACAUAGGCAUUGUGUAUUACAAGAUAGAAAAGCUCUAGUUUACAUUGCUGCUGACAGCCAUUUUGAGAGAAAUGUUCACGCCAAUAUGGCGAGUUAUGUUUAAUGAGCUUGUUAUUUUAUGUUACUGAUCUGUUUUUUCCGCUACAAGGCGGACUAUCCACUUGCAUUUCCUAGAUAAUGUUAUAAUUUUGAGAUGCUUGUACUGAUAGAACUCUGCGUUUACACAGUUCAACAACAAAGCAUUGUGUACUGUUUACAUCCACGCUUUAGUUAAACUUUUGUUGUUUUUAUGCCUAUGUAUUUCAAGCUAUAUUCUAGGACGUGUUUGCAGUUCCAAUUCCAAGUGUCCUUAGUUCUAUGCCUUGGUGUGUUGAUACCAUGAUUUUAAUAUUUAGUUGCAUGAUUUGUAUGUAGUUGUAAUAAAAGCAUGACUUGCAGUGCAAACAUACAGGUAACUGCCAAAAUAAAGGAAACCCCAACAUAGUGUCUUAAUUGGACGUGGGGGCACUGCGAGAACAGCUUCAAUGUGCCUUGGCAUAUAUUCUACAAGUCUCUGGAACGCUAUUGGAGGAAUGCGACACCAUUCUUCCAUGAGAAAUUCCAUAAUUUGUUUUCUUGAUGGUGGUGGAAAACACUCAGGCACUGCUCCAGAAUCUCCCAUAAGUGUUGAAUUGGGUUGAGACCCUUUAAACCCCCUAUGCUCCUUUGAGACCCCUCGUUCAAAGUCACUGGGAUCUCUUUUAGACAUGGUAGCCAAAAUAAUGGGAAAAGGGGCAUUUUUAUACAUGACCCUGAGCAUGAUGUGAUGUUUUAAUUGCGUAAUUAACUCAGAAACCCUAUCUGUGUGGCUGCAACUGCUUUCAAUAUACUUUGAAUCCCUCAUUCACUCAAGUGUUUCCUUUUAUUUUGGUAUUUACCUCUACCUAAUGAAUGUGAUUCAAUAUCAUGCACAUCUGCCAUAUUUUAUUCAUCAGGCAAUAAGGCAUGUAGUGCAUGGAGCCUAAUGUAGCUGUCACAUUAUUUGAGCUUUACAAAUCCAAGUGGUUUUGCGUAGCGAUAUCGGGAAGUUGAAAUUAUAUUAACUUCCACGCUAAAACUCGGGAAGCCUAAGGGCACUCGCCACUUGGGGUAGCAUGCACCCUUUAAAAACUUCAGUUCAGUCUUCUAUUUCGAAAACAAUGGCUUGUGUAGCUCAAAGCCUGCCCAUGUGUAAGGCCUGCUUACAUCUUUUUCUUUCGAGUAUUAAGUAUUGUCAGUCCGUCCUAUAACUCUCAUACACGGCUGUAGCUGCUUCAAUACUCGGUAAAAGCAAUCCACACCAAGCCCAUUAUACCCCAGAAUCGAAUCUGAUUUUACUGUUUAAGCCAAUGUGUGUAAAUGUGUCUGAUUUUAGCUGAGAUAAUAGCUCUUUAAACCUACUCUGACACCUCUUGAUUGAUUUGAGGAUCCCUGUUGCCUUAAAGUGAAAAUGUGCCAGAUGUAAUAUUGUUUCCGUAAGAUUUCCUGCCUUCUCCACAACAUCGAGACUAGAAAUGAAUGUAUUGGGUUAUGAACUUGGAACAAUAAAAUUAUAUCUGGAACUUUGAAUAGAUAAAAAAUUGUUUAUCUAUGCAAUUCAAAUUAACGACAUGGGAGUGGGGAACUUGGCAGUCAGAGGGCUUAGUCUAAAGUUCCUGUUAUGUUCAUAUGUAUGCAUUGUAUUCCCUUGAUGUGUAAUAAAACAAUUUCCUUUGGGAUAGAUGCAUCACA